AUGGGUGGCUCAAAGAAACGUGGCCGUGGUGCUAUGGUCGGCCGUGUUGUAUUACGCUGCUCGGAAAAGACACAUGCUACAGAGAUUCGUAUUAAGCUGAAAUCGGUGGUGUCCAUCUUAGCGCCUAAAAAUACACAGGCAACACAAGGGGACACACCGAACUUUGCUGGCAUGGCGCCGUCCACAGUCUCCACUUCCGCUCGUGAACUGGUACUAGUCCAGCUGGAAAAGCGUUUGGAGCCAGGCACAGCGCUGUACCGAUCGCGGGAAGGUGUUCCACCGCAAAAAAAUCUAUCGGGGAGAUUGGAUCGCGCGGGUUUUUACGAAUGGAUGUUUCACUUUGAUAUCCCUGCAGAAAGCCCAGGCAAAAGCUCACUGCCUGGCGGGUUUCCAGGAGUCGGUACCUACUAUCCCUCCAGUUACGUGUUGGAAAGCGAUCCAAUCAAAGGCAAGAAGGAAGAGUGGGCGAGCGUGAAAUGGUACCUGAAACUAACGGUUGAACGCUCAGGACUCUUUCGUUCGAAUGAUCGCAUGCUUGUACCGUUCAUCUAUCUUCCGCCACCACCAGAGACGAUCUGCCCGCUUCUUCUCCGCCGCCAAGCGCUCUCGGCCCAAAUCCAAAGUGUGAUCCAAAGGACUCAGGGCACGAUGACAUUGCCGCCGAAUUCCGUUGAGCCUGCAAGCAAAUGGAAGACGCACCAUGUCGUACUGAGGCAGGAAGCCCUGGGCAAGCCUAUCAAACGCUCGUUGGUCGAUAAAAUGUUUGGGUCGAACAAGCAGAAAGAGGAGCGGUGGGCGAUUUCCCUGCCGGGCAAUCCGAUCUCCGUUUUUGCACUGCGCUCAGUCGUGCCAUUUGUCCUUACGUUGGUACACAGUGCUGGGAUGCCCUUAGUCGUUCAUCCCAUGGUAUCGCUUGUGCAAAAAGUGCAUCUGCGUGCCCGUUCCAACGCAGCUCAUACCCAGUACAUUUGUCAUGCGAAAAUGCAGACGAUGCCGCUGAGUAAGGGAGGACUGCAGCAAUGGUUCGGAUGGAUCCAGUUCCCUGGCUGGUGCAGUCCGUCGUUCGAUAAUCACCUGCUAGGCUUGGAGUACUUUUUGCAGAUCAAGCCCCUGCGUACGCCUGAAGCGCAUGUGUUGCAGAAUAUUCCGAUUGGAUUGUACUGUGCGCCUCCCAAACUCAUUCAGAAUGCGGCUGCGAAAGCCUCGACGACGUCUGCAGCGUCAGACUUUUCAUCUUGGACGUCCCCCCGGUCGUCACAGGUUACCAUGCCAUCAAGACUGACAAGCGAUAAUGAGAGUGUGGCUAGUACAGGCGCGAGCUCGUCCCGCGUGUCCGUAUCGAUGCCUGCGUCGCCCGCGUCGUCGCGACGAACUUCUCAAUCGGCUCUGCGGACGUCGCGGCCUGUCCCACCCAUUCCAAGCGAUACAUCACCAAGGAACGACACAGAGGCCACUGAGGCAGGAGGUAUAUCUACACCAGAGACAGCUGGGAAUGAUCUCCCCGCACCAUCGUCUAUGUUGCAAUCGGUGGCGACGUCAGAAUCACUUCAGCGACCUGUUCCUCCCUUGCCCACCGAGUCCGACACGCCUGAGACGACAAGCGUCAGUGACAUUGCAUCCAUGGCUGGUAACGGCGCCGAUGUGGAUACGACUAGUGAAACGUCGAGUGCACAUUCGCGAUACGGACAGAUAGCGACCCAGCCGGUGGAUGAGACAGCAAUGCUGCCGCCGAUUCCUGACUACACACCUCGCGACGGUCUGAUCCAUGACGCUGGGCCAUUGACACAAGAGCAAGAGCAGGCAUGGACUAUGGAUAUUUUGGCGAAUGCCUUUAGUGAGGACGAAAUGGCAGCAGGCUUUGACUUGCCGCCUUCCUACUUUGAGGCGACAGGCAUCCGGGACAAUGAAGAGGCCUAG